GUAGCACCCGGAAUUUACACGCGCGGAAGGUGUUGUCAGAAGGAGUGGACUUUUGUGUACAUUUAAGUUUGCAUCAUCACGAAAUCACCGUCAUGCAAUCAUCUACACGCUGCCACUAAUUAUUAUCAGCAUGACGUUAUCGGUGGGACGUGGAAUUUUCAUGAAAAUAUGCGGCAACAGCUUCGGUAGCUUACCAUCGCGAAUUAUAGCCGCGAGAUCCAGCAGCGCAGCUAGCAAGGAGAAUGCAGAAUCCAUCGGAAACGUUAUCCCGGCUUCGCAGCCGAAUAAGAUCCAAGCCGCAGUGCUGAAGGAAUUCUCCAGUCCUCUCGUUAUAGAGAACCUGGAGCCGCCGAAGAGGGUACAAGCGAACGAAGUACUCAUUGAUGUUCAUUACUGUGCUCUGAAUGUCUCCGACUCUCUUCUCAGUAAGAAUAUGUACAUAUUUGAACCCAAAUUACCAAUGAUUCUUGGUCACGAAGUUGUCGGGAAGCUGGUUGAGAUCGGUGCUGAGGCAGAGGAGAGCGGCUACAAAGUUGGAGAUAAAGUCAUCGCUCUUAACAAGGAAAGAUACGGAGGCUUGGCUGAGAAGUGCCUGGCAGAAGUUGGAGACAUUUGGAAAGUACCUCCCAUGACAAACUCCAUGAACGCUGCGAGCGUGCUGGACAAUUACAUUACUGCUCUACUCGCGCUGGAGAGGAAAGUCAACAUCGAUGAGGACGACAUGAUACUGAUAAACGUCGGUAUGAGCGGCAUUGGUCUGGCAGCGCUGGAUCUCGCGACGAAUGUUUUUAGAGCCAAGGUGAUUGGAAUUUGCGCCACGGAAGACGGGGCGGACCAGGCUCGGGAGAAGGGAGCGUUCGCAUCCCUGAAGUACAAGGAUAAGAAGUUGCUGAAGCAGAUAGAGGACAUUGCGGCCGAGCGAGACAUCAAAGCCAUCUUCGACGACGUCGGUGGGGAGUACCUGAAGAAAAUGUUGGAUUGCUUCACCAACGUCUACAAAGACGCGACGUUAAAGGACCUGCUGCGCGAUGACAAUUUUGCCGUGGUGGUGCAUCACCUCUCUCGCGAAGGGCGAAUGAUCAUAGCCGGCACGGCGGCCACCAUGAACACGGACGUUCAGUCAGACGUGCAGAAAGGCUCCUUCAGCGUCACCGGCUUCAGUCUUCGUGAAUACAGGAAGAGAAAGCCUGACGUGUACCGCCAAGCGGGAGACGAGAUUUUACAAUUCUUAGAAGAGGGUCUCAUCACACCGUCUUACUCGUUGAUUGCCGGCUUACACAAGAUCAACGACGCCUUGCAAGUCGUCUCCGAGAGUAAAUCCCCGGGAAAAGUCGUGAUCGACAUGAGGAACAAGGAGGCUGCGGUAAAAGUACCGGCAAACGGAUCUGCAUGAACUUGCACCGAGUCACUCCGUGAUUUUUCAAGUUCUGAUACUCCAAGAAAGCAGCUUUAUGAUGCACGGUGAUAUUUUGUACAUCUGCAUUAGAUAUUACGAUAAGCAGAAGCUAAUGUAGUUAUUAAGAUUAUUAAAACUUUCUAUUAUUAAAACUUUCACUUU